UAGUCACGCUUCAGAAUGCUGACUCAGCCUCCAAAACAGGCUGGAAGCUGCCACCAUGGCGCUACCUCAUCCGUCUUCGAAAACUUGUAUCAUUCAUUGCAAUGCAUUAGACUACUAGCUAUUUAGGUAAUCAUCUAUUCGACAACCGCCAUGAAGUCAUUCAGUUGUGUCCUUCCCGUGCUGCUCUGUAGUGCUGGCACAACUAUAAAUGCAUUUGCCCCACACGGCGUGAACAAACCGACGGCACCCACACCAUCGCGGUUGCAAGCCAAGCGAGACGCCACUUUUGGCAUGGGCUGCUUUUGGAAACCCUCUGAAGAAAUGCUCAAGAUUGACGGUGUUUCGGAAGCAGCGGCAGGAUACACUGGCAAUCCCAAUGCCAAGGAAGUUCCCGAUUAUGACAAGGUCUGCUUCAGCCGUGAUUGGGUGGAAGGAGUGCGAGUGGUCUAUGACGAUGACAAAGUGUCGUAUGAACAAUUAUUGGACGCUUUCUUUGAAGCUCAGGAACCCAAACUUGGAUCACGACAAUACGCCUCCAUUAUAUUUCCACAUGACGAAGAACAGCAAAAGAUUGCCACAGAGUGGUUGCAAGAAGGAGCCGACAAGGUCCGAGAAUCCGAUGGUGUCCCUCUUUCCAUUACACAGGUGGAACCACUGUCACCGUUCUAUCGUGCCGAAGGAUACCAUCAAAACUAUUGGCAAAAGUUUCGACCUCGUGUCGCCGUCGUCGUGGGGUUGAUUGCAUUGCAAAUUGCCCAUUUUGACGUCUCGCCCGAUAUCGCGUCCGGCAUUGAUACUUUCGCCGAUUGGGGACUCAAGGCCGUUGCUCUCAGUGUCAUUCUGGAAAGACUUUUGGAUAGAAAUGUUGUAGAACUAAAGUCAGAAUAGGCAGAUGAAUAGAAUAGGUGUC